AUGAGCAAGCUUACCUUGGAGCAACAGGCUCCCUCUCCUCCUAUCGCCCUCCGUGUAAACUCGUCCCGGAUUGAUGAUGAUGAUGAUGAUGAUGAUGAUGAGGAUGAGUAUGAUGAUGAGGAUGAGGAUGAGGAUGAGGAUGAGGAUGAGGAUGAGGAUGAGGAUGAGGAUGAGGAUGAGGAUGAGGAUGAGGAUGAGGAUGAGGAUGAGGAUGAGGAUGAGGAUGAUGAUGAUGAUGAGGAUGAGGAUGAGGAUGAGGAUCAGGAUGAAAAUGUCAAGGAUGCAUAUGAUCAUGACAAUAAUGAGUUUCACAGCAACUGGUUCAUCGAGUAUCGUAUGAAAGCCUCGAUGGAGUCCAACGACGCGAGCUUUCUUGAUCUGCAGAUGGUUGCAGACUCAACAAUCAUCGAUCUUGCUCUGCUGGCAGAGAGCGACUACUUGGUCCCUCCCUAUGUCUCUCUCGAUUACGCCUACGGCAUGCCAGGAAUUUUCCCUCCUUACGCUCGACCCCAGUAG